AUGAAUAACACGGAUUCGGGUGCCCAGACACCCGACGGCUCCCUCCCGGCAGAUCCGCAUGAAGCCCCCACACAUAUCUACUCUCCUUCUCCUUCAGAGAGCCCCAGUGCUCAAGACGCUUCUUCCCCCGGCGAAUCCUCGGACGCUGUACAAAAUUCCGUCUCUUCUGUGGCCGCUGCUAUCUACAAAGCAGGAAUGAAGUUUGAGAGACAAGGGCGCCUAGCCCGAGCCAUUGGGUUGUACAGACAGGCUAUUAAACUUGACCCUGCUCUAGGCAUUGGUUUGUUGGGAUUUAAAGACGAAGAUGAAGAGGAGGAAGAAGAAAGAAACAGAGAAAGACAAAACAGCAACAGCAUCCGUGCCUUGGAGGCUGAUGGGGAUCUCCGUCUUAGCAAACCUGGAAGCACCAACAACCGUGCUAACGAUGCAGCUAAACCUGCAAGCAAACCCUGCCGCUGCACGUGCAGCAGCAGCAGCAACAACAGCAAUGACAGAAACGACAGCAACAGCAGCAGCAGCGGCGGCUGUGGGAACUGUAUGAAGCGUGCUGACGACGGGGAUGAAGCAGCCGCAGAGGAGGGCACUGCAGGAUCCUUACCAGAGGCAGCAACAGGAGAAGCGGAAGACACUGAAGAAGCAGGAACAGCAGAAGAAGAAAACGAAGAAGAGAUGCCUGGUCCAAUAAUGAGUGUGCCUGAGGCAGUGUUGGAGCGGGUUCUUCUUCUUCUUGAUGUUUAUGCAGCAGCCAAGCUGUGUAUGACUUGCAAAGCUUUCUAUGAGACUUUGUGGAGCUCAGAGGCAAUGUGGAGGGAAAAGGCAAAAAUCGCCUUUAGCCAGCAAACACCCGACUGCUGCUUGUAUGGAGGAUCAUGGAAACGUGUUUUCUUUGAGGCCCCUCGCCUUCGACUUGACGGAAUCUACAUAAGCAAAUGCGUUUACUUGCGCCGCGUCCGCGACCUAGGCAAUAUACACCUGGACGACCGCCGCCGCAGAACGCUGCAGCAGCUGCAGCAGCAACUGCAGCAGCAGCUGCAGGAACCCACAGGUGCCCCCAUUAGCCAGGAGCUUAUCGACAACCUUGCAGAAAACUCGCCCGUCAUAGCUGUCACUUACUACCGUUACCUCCGCUUCCUACCCAACAACAAAGUCCUCGUGCUCAGGUCACACGUCACACGCCCUCCUGCUGCUGCUGCUGUUGCUGGUUCUGGAUACGGGUUGUCGGCUUUGCUAGCAUCGGCAGCUGAAAAACAACAGGCAGUGACGGCACUGAAGUGCGUACAAGCGCGCCUCGAGGGGAGAUCAGUUGUAUCUACUCCACUUUUGCUAGAGGUUUUAAGGUUUGCAGUUAAGUAUGACGAUUUGUUGCCGUUUGCUGUACUGCAGAGUGACUACUACAAGGCGGCGCUCGCGCCUACCAGGGCCCCUGCCCUGUUGGGGGCCUCCCUUCCAGAGCAGGUCGUUGUAGGAUCUUUCAGCUUCAAUGCAACUGCAAAUACAGUCACUCUAGAGUACUCAGGAAAGGCUGCUGCUCCUGCUGCUCCCGCUGCUGCUGCACCCUCCGCAGCAUCAGCAGAUAACUCGAGGACGUCGCAGCCGAGGAGGAGCCAAAGAACGGGAGGGGGGCGAAUACGGGGAGCUGCAACUGUCACAGGGGCCUCAGGGCCUCCUGUGGGCCCCCAAAGAAACAGCAGCAACAACAGCAGCUUAGAAGGUGGCAACCGUGCUUCAGCUGGUGAGCAGCACUCGGGCCUCCUUCCUCCCGCAAGGGGCCCCCCUUCCCCGCUGCACACCGCUGUGCUGCAGCUUGCACACGUCAGAGGAGGACGCUGGAAUUCAAAACUCAAGUGGAUCAGUCUCUCGGUCACUUCAAAUACCUACCACGGACCCGAUGAGUCAUUUAUCGACGUCGAGAAUGAAAACUUCAGGUGA